AUGUGCCCACUGGAAGGGCCGCAGUCAUUGCUGCCACCAGCAGCCCUGCCUCCCGCCUCCCCGCCCUCCCUGCCGUGCACCGUGCCCCUCCACUCGCCUCACGCCGUGCCCCUCUCCUGGCUGCACUCCCCCCCACCCUCCCACCCCUCCUAUUCCUCCUCCACCUCCUCCUCGACCCUCCCCCCUGCUGCAUCCCCUGCCAGUGGCGGCAGCAGCGGCCCCACCACCCUCUCACCGCACCUGCUGCCGCUCCUCCACACGCCGGACCUGCCAGACCUGCCUGUGCCCCUCUCACCAUCACCAUCACCGCCAGCAGCAGCAGCAUUACCGGAGGCAACAGCAGAAGGAGCAGCGCUGGCGGGGACAGAUGGGGCGGUGGAUGUGAGCGUGCCAUGCUACCCUGACUACCCUUACUACCGCCAGCACGGAGCCGAAUACUUUCUCACUCUCUCCCUCCUCUCAGGUACCCCCCCCUCUCUCCUCUCAGGUACCCCCCUCUCCUUCCUCACCAGCACGGCAGCAGUGCAGCGCAUGCAGCGAGUGGAGGAGGCAGAAGCCAUCUUUCUGCCCUACUGGUCCACACUCGCCUUCCGCACCAACGCCAGUGAGAUCCUGGACCCCAUCAUCGCGCGAUUCGCCCGCCGCCACGCCGCCACACUCGCCAGCAGCGCAGCCAACACCAGUCACGGCAGUGGGGGCAGCAGCGACAGCACAGGCAGCGAGAGCAGUGGAAGACAGGCAGGGCGCAUGCCCACCCUGGUGGUGCCGUGUGUGUACCCCCUGGCCAUGUUCAACCACUCGCUGCCCCUCGCUGCUGCCAUCAAGCUCGCUGUCGACCUGGACCUGCACUGGUCUCAGGCAGCAUCAUACGUCCGAGAUGUGAUGGUGCCGUACGUGCCGCUGGUGGCGCCCUUCUCUCACGACCGUGGCUCGUGGGCCUCGCGGCCCCUGCUGCUCUUCUUUCAAGGCACCACCGACCGCUGGGGGGGCGGCAUCAUUCGGCAGCAAGUGCAGCGGGAGCUGCAGGGGCAGGCGGGGGUGGAGUUUAGGGUGGGGCGGGCGGAGAACAGCAGCAUGACGGCUCAGGCCGGCACCGCCAUGCGCCAAGCCAAGUACUGCCUGGUGCCGCGAGGUGACACCUCGUCCAGCUGUCGUCUGUUUGACGCCAUACUAUCAGGCUGCAUCCCAGUGAUCAUCAGCGAUGCACUCGACCCGCCCUUUGAGGACGCCAUUGGCUACACCGCCUUCGCACUGCUCCUACCCACCCCUCUCCCUCCCCCUGUCUCCUCCUCGCAGGUGACACCUCGUCCAGCUGUCGUCUACAGAGGCCGUGUGGCGGCAGCAGUGGGUGGCCAUGCGGAAGGUGAGAGGCGAGAUGGGGGGGGGGAUCGUGCGGGCGACAGAGGCUGUGUGGCGACAGCAGUUGGAGGCAGUGCGGAAGGUGAUAGGCGAGAGGGGAGCGUGGUGGGUGUGAUGGGGUGCUUGCUGGGUGUGCGAAGGGUUCCUUAUGCUGGUACUAUCUGUGAGGGGCAGUACGAGAGGUGGUUGAGGGGAACGUGUGCAGCUUUCUUAGAGCUGCUCCGUGGGUGUGUGCGGUGCAUGUGCCACCAUUCGCAGCAGCAGCGCACUCACACACGCCCGUGCUGGCUGGUACUGAUGCAUCAUGCAGUGCUGCCAGUGCUGUGGUUGGACGAACCACUGCAUGGCAUGAGGGCACCCCAACCACCCUGCUGCGCCUCAUGCUGUCUCUUUACCAUCCCACCACACAUCCCUGCCUCACAGGUGACGCAUCACUUCAUCUACUCCUUCCCCCCACGCCCCAGUGGAGCAGAGGACAUGGUGUGGCGGGCCGUGGCGCGGCGGGUGAGGGGGGAGUUCUCUCCGCGCUACCGCAACAGGCGGGGCCGCAUUCUGCUGGCGCAGCUGGCACAGGCAGGGCUCAACGCGUCUCAUCUCGAACAGCCCUUGCCCAACCGGCCCCCUGUGACCUUCGAUGUAACACUCAACGAUGAAACAAACUAA